AUGGCGUCGCAACGCGCUUCAAACGAUAUCGUUCUGUAUAACUAUGCUUUCUCCCCCUUCGGGAAGCGUGUAUCGACUUACCUCGCCCUCCGUGGCAUCGACUACGCGCUCUGUGAACAACCCUUCAUAAUGCCGCGUCCAGACCUCGCCCUCCUCCCCGUACACUACCGCCGCAUCCCCAUCCUUGCCAUCGGCCGGGACAUCUACCUCGACACGCGGCUAAUCCUGCGUAAACUCGAGGCCUUGUUCCCAUCCGGCGCGCUCGGCGCAACAGACCCGCAGGACAAGUUUGUCGAGAAGCUGCUGGAGCGGUAUAUGGUCGAGGGGCCGAUAUUCAGCGUCACGGCUGGGUUGCUGCCGCUGGAUGCGCUGGCGGAUGAGGCGGUUGUGAAGGAUCGGAAGGGGUUUUUGGGCAGGCAGUGGACGAGGGAGGAGGUGCGGGAGGGGCGGGGGGAGAGUUUGGCGUAUGUGAGGGGCUUGUUUGGGUUGCUUGAGGAGACGCUGUUGGCGGAUGGGAGGGAGUGGGUGUUGAGGGGGGAGGGGCCGCGACUGGCGGAUGUUGAAGCGAUCUGGGCCAUUGAUUGGAUCAUCGAUCUACAACCGCCUGCAGAUAUCAUCUCUGAUACGCAGUUUCCGAAACUGUUUGCCUGGCACGCGAGAUAUCGGGCAGCGGUCGAAAAGGCAAAAUCCACCGCACCCAAGCCGACGACAUUGGACGGCAAAGCUGCGGCAGAACAUGUCCUAGGAUCCGAAUUCUCCGAAUCGAAACACUCGGUCGAUGGAAACGAUCCACUCGCAUUGAAGGAGGGCACUGAGGUAGAGCUGUAUCCCGCGGAUUGGGGCACCGAAUACAGAGAUCGAGGUCGAUUGAUAGGACUGACGCCAGACGAGGUAACGAUAUCAGUAGAGGGCAGAGGAGGUGUAGAAAUACGGGUGCAUGCGCCGCGAACAGGCUUCAAGAUCAUGGAGAUUGGUAGAAAGUAA